AGUUCAUAAGUUGUGUUCAUGUGUGGCUGGCCUCGUUCAUCAUUUUCGAGGUUUGUUUAGCUGCUUUCUUUCUGUGUGGCGUGACUCCUUCGUAUUAUUUUGCAAUUAUGAAGAUACAGUUACAUGCUGUCUCUUUGGUGCUGUUAGGGUUAGUACUGUCUGUAACGUUGGCAGUAGAGUUACGAGAGCCCAACUUCCUGCAAGUCCCAGAGGAUCGUUCACAGUUUCUGGGCAGGGAGGUAGUGUUUCAAUGCUCUCUGGACAAUGUGACUCUGAUUCCAUGGACCAUAAAAAUGGUGCAGUUGGCUAACAGCAGGCCAAAGAUGGGGCUUUGGUAUGCUAUAAGCAACAUCAAUGAAACUGCAAAGAACUCGAAUCUGACAGUACUGGCUAGCUCUUCCUUUGAUAUGGCACCGAUAUUCUGUACUGGAAUAUUUUAUAACGAUGUCAUUGGAAAAAUUAGAUUUAAGAAAAGUGGUGUUGCUGUCCUCAGGGUUCAAGGUGUGCCAGAUGUCAUCACUCAAUUUAAUGGAGACAAUACCUCUAGCACUAUGAUCCUCUUUGAAUGGACUCCCCCUACUCAUCACCGCGGCUUGCCGCCAUGCUGUGACUCCUACUACAUAAAUGUCACUCAUUUCUUAUCAUCGGAGAGUAUUGUUGAUGAUAAUGUCACGUCUCCCAGCAUUGAAUUCUCUAUUUCCGAGGAUAGGCUCUGUGAUGUACUGCUGGUGAGUAUCGUUGCAACUAAUGUUGUAGGAGAUGGAGCUGAAUUUAAACAAAGAUGGUCACUAGGAGGACAUUUUGAGACAAGAACUGCUAACACUUCACUGAUGUAUACCAGUGCUGGUGCACUUAUAUUAGACAUUAGGAUUGAGAUCAGGGGCUAUUGCUUGUCUGAUCUUAGUAACGUGACUUUCUCCCUUCGCUGUGAUGAUACUCCAAAUGAUCUAGUGACUACAAGACUGAUCAAUGCCCUUCCUAAUGACAGAGCUCAUUCAACUGAACUGAACCUGACAAUAACCGACUCACACACUGAGAGAAGGUGCUUGUGGGACAUUGCACUAGACAAUGAUGUGGACUAUAAUGGGCUCCUUAGCACAUAUGAUGUGAGUAAUGCUACAGUCAGUGAUACAGGCCCUGGGUACAUAUGCAUAGCUUGCUCCUUCAUUCCACUGACACAGGCCAGAGGCUGUUAUCUUAAUUUGACGCGUGUCACUGAUGUGUUUGAUACUGCUCAAGUUUUGGAAUCAGCUAAUCUGCCAAUCAGUGGUGGAGGAGGUUGUGUUAAUGUAUCACGAGGAGGAGAUUACUUAGUCACUGUGCAUGAUUGGAAUCAGGAUGAUGAUUACAGUAUUAAUCCUGCUUUCAAUCUCUCUACUGUAUUCAUUCCUCCUCCUCCUCCUAUUGUUUCUUCUUCUUCUGUACCUUCUCCCAGUCCAACAGAAACAGUUCAACCUUCAGCAAAUAGUGAUGCUGUCAAUGCUAGUAUAGCAGUUGGUAGUGUUUUAGGAGUAGUGAUAAUUCUCAUUGUAGUAGUUGCUAUUAUAAUGGUCAUAGUAUUUGUCAUGAAAAAAAAGAAGUGAG